ACAGGAACUCAGAGCAGACACAGGCCCAAAGCUGUUGCUGGAAGCAGGUGCCUGAGAAAAAAGCAGCGAGUUUGCCAGCAGGAACUGGUGAGCCUUUAAAGAUGUGGAAAGCAGCUGUGGGACACGACGUGUCAGUGAAAGUGGAGGCUCAGGGAGACGACUGGGACACGGACCCUGAUUUCGUGAACGACAUCAGCGAGCGGGAGCAGCGCUGGGGAGCCAAAUCCAUCCAGGGCUCCGGCCGCGCCGGGCACAUCGACAUCCAUCAGCUGAGGAACAAGGUAUCAGAGGAAUAUGAGGUCAUCAAGAAGAAGGAGCUGGAAACCGGCCCCAAGGCAUCCUAUGGCUAUGGGGGCAAAUUUGGAACAGAGCGAGACCGAAUGGAUAAGUGUGCAGUAGGACACGAAUACAUUGCUGAUGUUAAGAAGCACUCCUCCCAGACAGAUGCAGCCCAGGGCUUUGGUGGCAAGUUUGGAGUCCAGCGGGACCGAGCUGACAAGUCUGCACUGGGCUUUGAAUACAAGGGUGAGGUGGAGAAACACUCAUCCCAGAAAGAUUAUUCCAAGGGCUUUGGUGGUCGUUACGGAGUGGAAAGGGAUAAGGUGGACAAAGCAGCUCUGGGAUUUGACUACAAGAGCCAGGCAGAGAAGCAUGAGUCUCAGAAAGACUAUUCCGUGGGUUUUGGUGGGAAGUUUGGGGUCCAGAGGGAUCGUCAAGACAAGAACGCCCUUGGCUGGGACCAUCAGGAAGAAGUGCAACCCCACGCAUCCCAGAGAGACUAUGCCAAGGGGUUUGGAGGCCGUUAUGGUGUCCAGAAGGAUAGAGUGGAUAAGAGUGCUGCUGGCUUUGAUGAGAUGGCAGCUCCCACCUCCUCCUAUGAGAAAACAAGACCCCUGGAGGCAGGAGCUUCCAGUGGCACCAGCAGCCUGCGGUCACGGUUUGAACACAUGGCCAAGUCAGCAGAGGAAGAGAGCAGAAGGCAGGCCCGGCAGCAGCAGGAAAUCCCUCUGAGAGAGAAGGAGCACACUGGGGCAGCCCCUCCAGCCCUACCAGCAAGGGUAGCCAGGAGCACUGCUGGGGACCAGCCCAUGUCACCAGGAGAACAGGAGGCCAAAAGGGAGGAUGAAGAAGCACCACCCUCUUUGCCACCAAGGCCAGCAGAUCUGGAUGCAGACCAGUGCAAGGUCCCCAGCCAGGGUCAGCCCACCUACAGCGUAAGUCUGGAUGCUGAUGGAGGCUAUGAGGAGCUGCCAGAAUCCUCUGACUACUGUGACAUUACCAGUGGAGGUGCUGACUAUGAGGAGCUGCCAGCCCCGCUGGGAAAGCUGGAUGCUACCUAUGACUUUGGAGGAGAUGGAGGUGAAGACUAUGAGGUGAUCCUUCCUCAGGAGCCCAGACAGAGCCAGCCCCACCUGGCUCUAAGGUGCAGAUGAGCUGCAUGGGAUGCUGGACCGGACAGCAGGAAUCUGCUGGGUCGGGGUCUGGGCAGGAGGCUGCCACAGGCCCAGGAGAAGCUGGAUGUGGACCGAUGCUCUUGCUGCAAUUUCCUGGCAAGUGGCUACUAGUGCUGCAAUGGGGGUGCCUCUGGUUCUGCCCAUUCUUCACAUGGCUGGUGUUCCUGAGACCUGGUCUGGUGGAGUCUCCUGGUGUGAGGAGUGCAGGCAGCCUUUGUCCGAGCACAGAAGCAAACUGCAUGGGCCACUGUCAGUGCUUCCAUCACAGCUUUGCUGGUACUGGAGCUGUCAGGUGAAGAGGUUGGAGUUAUUCCCAGCCUUUUUCUAGGGAGACGAGGGUGAAAGAUCAGGACCCAACUGUCUCCUUGAAGAAGGCGAGGGAAGUCACACCUUGCUUUGGGCUGUGGUGCGCCUCUCCUUGCUCACAGGGUUUGGAUGUGCUUCCCCAGAGCUGGAGGGUGGCACUGACCAGGACAGUGUGUCUGCUUCAGCCUGUCUCAUCUGUCUCUCUCGUGUU